CCUCACCUUCAUCUGCCCUAACCUAACCUAACCUCAUCUCACCUAACCUCACUUCACCUCCAUGUGCUUUUCUUCUUCUUUCACCUUCACCUUACCUUCACCUGUCCACUACAGCUGUUAAUCCCUAAUACUUGAAACCAUACAUCUCUCCUACUUCUUCCAACUAUUUCUAUAUUUCUUAUCACUAUCUAUUUUUUAGCAUUUCAUUUCCUUACUUUCCCAACAACAACAGUCUAUCUCUCCCACCUUUUGUCCUUUCAAUCUUACAUAUCUUUUAUCACCAACUCUUUCAAGGAUUUCAUUUCUUAACUAUUCCCAACAUUUAUAUUCAGGUUCCUUCUAAAAAUGUGCCCAGACUCACUCACCAAUCUUCUCAGCUUCCUCUUUGAAUGAGCUGCCAGGGCUGUAUUAUCAGUCAGUAGCAGCUGGUUCAGAUCCCACACCCUUUUCUCCCCUCUGAUCAAACUCAGGUCCCUACAUAAUGCUCUCAUGUCUACUUCCCUUACUGCAUCAUUCAUAUACAAGAUUGAUAGCCACAGUGACAUUGCAAAAGCUAUCAUGUGACCUUCCUCUGACUGGGAAAAACUCACCUUACACCAUUACCAAGUCUCACACAUGCCCUGCUAUUUGUGUAGAAGCUCUUCAUUGUGCCCAUCUCUGUAUGUUUUCCCAUCCCAUAGUUCCUUCCUGUCGAUCUUGUCAUAUCCUUUCUCCAACUCCAUGAACACCAAAACAAUUCCUUAUCUUUCCCAAUAAACUUUUUUACAAAUCUGUCUUCCUGCUAAAAAAAAAUCUAGUCCACAAUAGUCUCUUUCCUAUUUAAAACCUCUUUGGUCCUCUUGGAUGUUAUUUUCUGUCUCCUCUCUUAAAGGGCCCCAUACAUGCUCAGACGUCACAUACGGCUGCCUAAACAGUCGGCCUGACAGGCGGCGGAGUGUCAUCCACUUAUGAUAGCAGCUAUUGCAGUGACCUAGUUAUCAAAAUGAAUACAUCUCUUUGCUGUUGCUGUCUCUUGGAAGUCUUUUCAUUAAAAAGCAAGGCACAUGCAUGCAUGAGGCCAUAUUACCUCAUCACAGGCUAACAGCUUUACAUUUUUCUGCAAGCAAGUCAUAUGCUGUAUUUUAUCUAUUUAUUUUAUUCAUUUAUUUAUUUUUUCAUUUCUUAUUUCUUUUACUUUUAUCCAAAUAGUCUUGAUUUUAUUUUCCAGAGACAUGGAUUCUCCUUGUAACUAGUCAACAUUUUAGUAAUUAUUCACAACUCAUGCAUUUUUAAACCAGGUAUCAACGGUGCAAAACACAGCACUCACAAUGAACAUCUACAAGUAUAGAGUACACUUAAGUAGAUAAAAUGAUACCAGGAGGAACUGCCACAAUAUGGAUGAAUUUGUCCCUACACACUGUGGUGAGGAGGGGUGGCAUCAGAAUACUGUACACAAGGAGCCACUACUGGUAUGUGAGCUUGGUGAGGAACAGCACAGGUGGACUGGGUAUUUCAUUAUUAAUUUCAAGAACACCAAAGUACACCAAGAAAGUACCUCAUUAUUUCAGCAGUGGUGAUGGGGGACUCCAGCCAAGACACUGGUGACAUGGGUGAGUGUGGUGACAUAGAUCUGGACACACUGACUGCGAUGCUGGAUGAGGAUGGCAUGGGUGAGCCAGAGGAUGAGGCUGUGAGUGGCUGCAGUGACCCAGAGCCCUCCACCCUGAAUGAUCUGGGUUUAGUGCUCUCAGAUGAGGAGGAGGAGGACCAUCCAGCUCCCUCCAGCAGCACUCCAGCUUCUGCGUUCAGUGCUGCCUUCUCACAGUCCAAGUUUUCCAAAGCCCCCUCUGGAAAGGAUGACAGUGGCACCACACCGGUCAUUGACCCGCUAGAGUCAGAGCUGAGGGAGAUGGAGGCUCGGGUGAGGCUGCUGCGGGAGAAUCUUGCCAAAAAGAAAAAGUUGGAAUCUUGUGACUCUAUUUCAUUCACCAAGUUGACCACCACGCCUGACCAGACCAGGAGAACAAACAGCCGGACUCUCUCGGCCUCAGAAGAGUUAGCCCUGCGCAAGAAUCUGAAGCGUAAGAGUGAACUGCACUCCGGAGACACCGACUCAGAGGAUGAGGAGGACAACCGCACCCCCAUGGAGCAACGGUAUAACUCCAAUGGCAGGGACAUAAAGCGCAGGAUUGCCCACGAGUCAAAGGUCCAGGCUAGUGGAAGGAUAGAGAAGGCACUGUCCAGCAACAAUAAGACUGUCAGUGCUGCAGACAAGCCAGGAUGGAAGGCUGGUGAGGGGGCACUGGUCAGCAUUGGCAGGAGUGGUGGUAGGACCAGUGGUGCUACAACCUCCCACCUUACAGAUGAAAAUGUGACUUUGGAUGCAUAUUCAGGAAUCAGAAUCAUCAACCCACUGGUGUCUCAGCAAGCCAUGCGGGAGAGAAUGGAAGGAAGACGCAUGGUGCGGCUGUCCACCAUUAAACUCCAUCUCCGUGGUGGGGAGAUCGAGGGGGACUGGGCCACCAUAGCAGUCCUUGUAGCCAAAGGCAACCCCAAGGAUUCCCAGAAGGGAUCAAAAUACUGCAUUUGGAAGCUGAGUGAUCUGUCAGAUUGCACCAAGACUGCUGCAUUCUUCCUUUUCGGCAGUGCUUACAAGGCUCUGUGGAAGCACAGUGUGGGCACAGUUUUCGGCGUCCUCAAUCCAAAAAUUAUGAAGGACAAGCCUGGUGAUGGUGGAUUCUCCGACAUGAUCUCCCUCUCCGUAUUUGAGCCUCAAAGAGUCAUGAUAAUGGGCAUGUCCAAGGACUUAGGUUGGUGUAAGGGCAAGACUAAGAUGAAUGAACCGUGUCGAUGCUUUGUCAACAAGUCUUCGUGUGAGUUUUGCGUGUAUCAUAUCCAGCGGGAGUAUCAGAAGACGGCAUCAAAGCGUGCUGUCAUACAGAGCUCCUUCACUCGUGUGGACCCCAAACGACGCCUCCAGGAGAGGGUGCUGGGGAAAGACCAGGUGUUUUAUGGUGGACAGCUGUACACUUCCCCAUCACCUGUAUCUACUCCAAAGCAGCAACGAGCCAACAGAAGCAAAGACUUAGCCACUCUCAACUCCCUUAAGACGCAGAUGAAGGCACAGGAGCUCAAGGCCAAGGACAAGGACAAGCUGAAUAUUCCUAAGCACUUCAAUGAAGGGGAAUCCUCUGCCAUCCAGCACGUGGCUCAAAAGAAUGAAUUUCUGGGCGAGAAAUUACUGGCACCCACACCUGGUGCUCGGAACCUCUUGAAGCACAUGGUCAAGGAGGACACUGACAAGAAGGUUGCAACUGGAGCCGUCCGCAGCAUUACUCCAAAAGAACUACUAGACAUGACUCACAAAAACAUGCUAGCAAUGAGGAGACAGCAAGAGCAAAACCUGAAAGGAAAGAAGUCUUUAAGCUCAUCGGUGAGUCUCCCCUCUCUGUCCUCGGCCAGCCUGUCACUACCACCUCAGCUAGCCAGGGGAGUCAAGCCUGGGGAGGAGGUAGAUCUUGGCUUCUCAUAUAAACAACUUGAUGCUGCCAAGGCAAAGGCAAUGGCACUGAUCCAGAGAAAGGGAGGGCUUCUCUCUGCAAAACCCAAUGCAGUCAAGAAUAAGGACAAGGCUACGCUUCCAGAAUUUCAGAGCAAAAUACAGAAACGUCUUAACUCUUCGGAUGAUGAUGUGACUGAUGAAGCAUGUAAAGAAUCUAAGCUGACUGAAGCUAUGAAGAAUAGCAAAGGUCGGUCCAGCCUUGGCUCACUGGAUAUAAAUUCAGAUAAAUUCAAGGACAUGAUGGAGAAGAAAUCCCGUCACAGCAACCUUAUUGAUGUGGUAGAGAAUCAGGCCAUGGAGAAGUAUUAUCAAGGAUUGGAGAAAAGAGAGAUGCUGGAAGAGAAGCUUUCCUCUGUCAUGGAGAUCAGCAUUACUGCCUAUGUUUGCGUUAAGUGUAGAUACAUGUCUGAAAAGGCCUCAGAUCUCUGCAAAGAAGAGAAUCAUCUGCUAAAGACUGUUACUGCUAAGAAGAGAUUUUUUGAGUGCAAGAACUGCAAGCAACGCACAUCAUCUUUAGACAAACUGCCAAGGAAAGCGUGCGGCAACUGUGACCAUAGCUCGUGGUGUCGUGUGUCCAUGGGCAAGAUCAAGAAAGGACCCAAACUGGACUCUGAAAUAUUAAGUCUGAGAGGUGAUGAACUUAAGAAUUAUAGUGGCAGCAGUAAUCAAGUGUAUCUUCAUGUUUGAAUAGUGCUACAAAGGUGCCACAAAAUUAUUACAAAGAAGGCAUUUCUCUUAAUAAUGCUGUUGUCCAUCUUAUGAAGAAGACUAUCCACAGUUCACUAAGAUAAGUUGGGCAGUAUUUGUAAUGUAAAACUUUUAGCCAUUGAAAUGAUGUCAUGGAUUUUAAUGUAAUUAAUCUGAUAGCUUCAUUUGGCCUAUUGCAUAUUAUUGAAAGAAAAAUUUUAUUCUUAUUAAUAUCUAUAGUGUUUAUCCAUCUUAUAUUUUUCUGCACAUGGAUAAUGAUCUGCCUUGCAUAUUUUAUUAUAUAUAUAAAGAAAGGUGUGUCAAAAUAAAUCCAUGAUACCUGAAUAACCUGAAGGAGAUCAGCAUUUAUGUGGUAGUACAAAUACAGAGGAGGCAGUAUUCUUAAACUACAGAGUGUGUGACUGGGCUGUCCCCAACACGGGAAAUGUUAACUAAUUAUUGAUAUCUUGUAUCAUAUGGCAAUGGGCAGUGUUGGUUGUAAGUAAAGUAUGUUGUGUGCAGAGAACCCUCACUAGUUAUAUGUAAUUGAAAGAAAUUUUUAUCAACUGAAUGAAAUACAGAUCAUAUAUGAAUAUAUAAUGAUAUUACAUACAUACUAUAACUAUGUAUGUGUGUAUAAUUUGUGAAUUAAAGAAAGAAAAUUUUGUAGUGACAAAUUGAAAUGUUUGAAUUGUGACAUCACUUCCAGCUGGAGGCUCAUGACUACUGCUGUGAUAGGAGAGAACAUCCAUCUCCAGGACCAUUUUUUUUAUAUUUAUACGUGUAUUUUAAACUUACCAGAGAAACUUUAUAACUUUGUUAAUAAAAAAAAAUUGCAA